AUGGCUAUGGCCCAAGAAGAAGAAGGCCCACCAUCAGAACCAAGUCCACCAUCAGAACCAAGUCCACCAUCUGAACCAAGUCCACCAUCAGAACCAAGUCCACCAUCAGAGCCAAGUCCACCAUCAGAACCAAGUCCACCAUCUGAACCAAGUCCACCAUCUGAACCAAGUCCACCAUCAGAACCAAGUCCACCAUCAGAACCAAGUCCACCAUCAGAACCAAGUCCACCCACAGAACCAAGUCCACCAUCGGAACCAAGUCCACCAUCAGAACCAAGUCCACCAUCAGAACCAAGUCCACCCACAGAACCAAGUCCACCAUCAGAACCAAGUCCACCAACAGAACCAAGUCCACCAUCAGAACCAAGUCCACCAACAGAACCAAGUCCACCAUCAGAACCAAGUCCACCAUCAGAACCAAGUCCACCAUCAGAACCAAGUCCACCAUCUGAACCAAGUCCACCAUCUGAACCAAGUCCACCAUCAACACCCACCACCAAAAAGCCAACAGAGCAUCACUACAAUUAUACAGUUCAUUUGCAACUAUUUGCCACCCAAUUCGUACAGGAAGUAUCAGAGUCUUGCAUUGUGUAA